UAUAAUUUUCGUCGUAAAAAUAAAAUAAAUAAAAAUUCCCAAACGUUCCUCUAACAACCACGUAACUAACUCGCACGCUUACAAGAUUCCUCUAACCGUCUUCUCAUAACCGUUUCAAUCAUUCGCGCGCGAAUUACGAAUACAUAAAUACCUCUCUGCUUGCCCCUCCUCAUUUGAUUCGUUUUGCAUUUCGCAUACACUCUGAGAUUUUAACCAUUGCUUCUUCUUCUCUAACCAGUCAUGGAAAACUCGUCUUCCUUUUCCUCACUGCGAUUCUCGUUGAUCUUAGCGAUCUUCUUCGCCGCCAUGCUAUGCGGCCCUAAGGUCACUGCUACUGAAGGACUUGAAGCUACAUUCAUACCGUCAACGCCACCGCCACCUCCACAUGAUCUUCAAGAACAUUCAUUCUUCUCUCACACUGCUUUGCUUCCACCGAUCUUGUCUCAUCUCGGUUUUCACGAGCUUGCAACCGCGGCUCCGUCACUUUCCGACGCUGCAACCACCGCUGCUUCCUCUGCUUGGACCGGUCCUUCCACGAUUUUCGCUCCCUCCGAUGCUUCAGUCCGAAAUUGCUUCUCUUGCUCUGUUCCUAAUCUCCUCCGUGAACACAUUGUUCCAGGUCUUUUCACUAUUGAAUAUCUGCGGAGACUUGCUUUUGGCACCAAGAUCGAGACGCUUAGUCCCGGCCGGUGCAUAACCGUAACUUCCGAUUCGGUUCAUCCGAACACUAGUACCGGCGCCGCUGCAAAGAUCUUCAUCGGAGGUGUAGAAAUCACGCAACCGGAUCUCUUCAACAACGGAAUGAUUGUAGUUCACGGACUUCAAGGUUUCGUCUCUACGUUAUCUCCGUUUUCUUGUGACGUAGAAAGAAUGACCUCACUCUCGUUUCCGUUCCACCCGGAUCACCGUUCCAGUCAGCACGUCCACACUCCCGGCGCCACCGUGCUUCCUGCUAUAAUGCGCCUCAUGCUCAGAGAUGCUAUGCUCAGACUCCGUAAUAACGGUUUCAGCAUCCUCGCUCUCGCUAUGAAGGUAAAAUACGCAGAGCUCGUAACUCUAAACAACAUGACUAUUUUCGCCGUCGAUGAUCUUUCCAUAUUUUCCGGUUCUCAUUCAUAUAUCAGUAAUGUACGGUUCCAUAUCGUACCGAAUCGUUACUUGUCGAUAGCGGAUCUGGAGAAGCUUCCAGUUGGAACUGCUCUGCCUACAUUGGAACGAGGCCAACCGCUGCUCAUCACAACCUCCGGUGGUGGAGGAGUGACAUUGGCGCCGAUGAGGAUUAACUAUGUGAGGGUUAAGGUAGCCGACGUCAUCCGCAAUGUGAAGAUAGUUGUGCACAGUGUGUAUUUACCGUUUCCGCAUAUCAAUCCUGUUGCGGCUGCUUAUGACACUAUCUUAGGAGGUGAAGGAGCAUCGGAAGGAGCAGCCAGUAAUACUAUAUCAGAUUCUGCAGGUCAGGCGACGGAAGGAACCUGUUCUGCUCUUGAUGGACGUGGAGGUUGUGCUUCUGGUGUCACUUCUACAACAGCAGGUGUGUCUCCAAUGCCUCAAGUCAAGCCAAUGGUGGAGAUUGAAGAUCACCAUGGCCUCUGAGAAAGAUGCUGCUGAUGAAGAAAACGGUUUACUUCUUUCUCUGCUGAAGUGAAACUACCCUGAAAUUUGUAGUUAGAUCACACUAUUAUCCAAUCUAAUGUUUGCUUAGUUCUUUUUGGAUUGUGCAGCACUUCCUUCUCUGUUGAAGUGAAACUCUGAAAUUUGUAGUUAGUUCACACUGUUACCUAUCUACUGUAUGUUGCUUAAUUCUUUAAUAAAACUUUGUUGAUUUAGUCUUUACAGAUUUCUUGACAUUAUCUUGAUUUUUCCUUGACCAUAUAAUCAUGUCAUGCAUGCUUUGUAAUUAUGCUCAGCGAGUCUUUUGGUAUUAUCAGCUAAUGAAAUUGUUCUUUUGUUCUCAUUGCCGUUAUUCUUGGCUUCCAAGUUGCUAGCAGCUUGCUAUCUAG